CCUGGUUAGGGGGUAUGCUAGGAAGAGAUCACCCCCUUGCUGUAUGCUAAAGCUGGACAUCUCAAAAGCAUAUGACACAAUCUCAUGGGACUUCUUGAGGAAUACACUUCAGGGAAUUGGCUUCCCUCCCACCUUUGUGAACUGGGUCAUGGAGUGUGUUACCACUGCAUCUUUCUCACUUUCUAUUAAUGGAGGCUUGCAUGGCUUCAUUAAAUGCAAAAGAGGGGAAAUGUGGAUUCUGUCAAUGUUUUGGCAAAAGCUAUUAAUAUCUUCUCCCAAGUAUCUGGCUUGCAUGUGAACCCUCUCAAAUCCAAUAUCUUUCUGGCUGGAGAGAUCAAAGACAGGACAGAGGAUAUCCUAGCUUUGGUGCCUUUCCCUCAGGGUAAAUUGCCUGUUAGAUACCUGGGACUCCCUCUUACCUCACAGAGAGCUUCUAAAAGAGACUUUGCCCCACUUGUGAAUAAGGUGGAUGAACAUAUCAGAAAAUGGAAUGCCAAAACCCUGUCAGCUGCUGGAAGAUUGGAACUCAUCAGAUUUGUCAUCCAAGGAAUUGAAGGAUUCUGGUUCCAAGCUUUCCCUAUUCAUAAAUCUGUCUUAGAUAGGAUAACCUCCCUUUGUAGAACUUUCCUUUGGGGGAGCAAGUUCUGUAAGGUUGCUUGGGAGGAUAUCUGCAUGCCCAAGGAUGAAGGUUUGAACCAGCCCUGUAUUUGGAAUCAGGCACUUUUGAGUAAGAACCUGUGGAAUAUUGCCUCAAACAAGGAAACUCUGUGGGUGCAAUGGGUUCACUCUGUUUACCUUGAUGGCAAUGACUUUUGGACUUGGAGCCUUGGGAAAAAGGACUCCCAUUUCUUCAAGAAACUGAUUGAUAUCAGGGACAUGCUGCUACUCAAGUGUGAGGACAGAUGGGAACUUGAAAAUCAACUUUGUGAUCAGGGAUUCUUAACCAAAACUAGCCUUCAUUUCAUUGCUAUGGAGAAUAGAUUAUGUGAACUUUGCCACAAGGAGGAGGAAACUGGCCAACACCUUUUUUUCAGCUGUGAAACCUCCACACUCAUCUGGAAUGCUUUUAGAUCUUGGCUUGAGAUAACCUCUGCCCUGUCUACCCUGGACAGAGCCCUUACUUGGCUAAGGAGACUGAGGAAUAACCAUUGCUCUAAGAGGAAGAUGACAAGGCUGGCUAUUCUCAGCACAGCCUACCACAUUUGGAGAUUAAGGAAUGGUGUGUAUUUUGACAACAAGACCAUAAAUACUGAUGCUAUUGUGUGCAAGAUCAAGAGGGCUAACACUGGGGUCCCUUGGGUAACUGGUGUUAUCCCUAUGCCCAGUUUCUCUGGGGCUGGAAACAUUUCAAAUGGCCUGAUGCUUCUUGUCUACUCUUGCUGGAAGCUGUUGGAAAAUGAACUCGGCCUGGUUUUGCAUGUGGAAUGGAAUGGUCCUUGCCUAGUCAGUGCACCUUGUGUUGCUGGUGUACUCCUGUUUCAAAUUGUGUUUGAUAGACCGCGACAUGAACAGUGCCGCGAGGGGGUUUCUUGCCGUUUCUCCAUCAAUUUGAGUGCUUUGCUUCAGAUUUUUGGAACCUUGGAUGCGCCUAUACCUGGUGAAUCCAACUCAGGAGUUAUUUUGCUGUUUUGCGUGAAGGAUUUUGAUAAAACGAAGGUCAACGCUUAGCGUGACACUGUUCACUAGCAUUUUUGCAUCUCUGAUUCACUUCGUUCUAGGCCUUUUUGAUUGAUAAUUCUCAGAUGUUUUGAGCGGCUUGUUAUCUUCUUCCAUGUUAUGAAGUUGUAUUUCAUUUUCAAUUGACGCUCCUUUCGAUUUGUGGCUUUUUGGGUUUUGAAUCAACUGUUCAUUGCGAGAAGCUGGAGUAUGAAGGUUUAUGCUUUCUGACCAAAUAUUGUGGAUUCUCUGCUACUAAUUGAGAGGUUGUUCAAUAUUUAACAACUUCUUCUUGACCUUGCUUUGUGAAUUGAGUUUGGUUAAUGAGCAGCUGGUCUUAUGUGAAUUUUUGCCCUAUGAACUGAUGUUUUUGCUGCUGUGUUUUUUGUGGAUUUUAUGAAUUGCCUCUUGCGUUGUAAUUGCUGGACUGGUCUUUCUUGUGGAGUGCCUGAAACUGAACUGUUGGGGAUGGGUACUGCCCACAACACCAUGUUGCUGGUCUGUGGGUUUGAGUUACUGCCUCAACACAGUCACUGCUUGGGCGAGGCCUUAAGGCUGCUGGUGAACUCAUUGUGAGUGAUCUGUGAAAAAGAGCCAGGGGCUGUUCGUGGUGACUUGGUGGGUUCGUGGUUGUCACUUCCCAGGGCAGUGAAGGGCUGGAAAUGGUGCUGCCUGUUGUAUUUAGGUGCCCUAGCGGCAAUCAAAUACCUAUGUAACUGUACACUUUAUCAUGAAUGAAAGGCCUUGAAGUAU